UAAUAUUUUCGAAUUAAAUCAUUAAAUUAGGCCUAUUUGUGCGGAAAGAGCUUGACCUUGAAAGACCUGGAGCUUUCCGAAGUGCCACCGAGGCCUUCCGCGUUGCAGAUAUUGAGUCAGAUUGCUGGGCUCAAGUGUCUCACCAAGCUCUCUGUUUGCGACUUCUCUAUCAGAUACCUCCCUCCAGAAAUUGGCUGCGUAUAAAAUUUGGAAUAUCUAGAUCUUUCAUUCAACAAGAUCAAGAGUUUGCCAGCUGAAAUUAGUAAUUUAAAUGCCUUGAUAUCGUUAAAAGUUGCUAACAAUAAAUUGGUGGAGUUACCUUCGGCUUUGUCCUCUCUGCAAAGGUUGGAGAUCUUGGACCUGUCAAAUAAUAAGUUGACAUCGCUAGGGUUUCUUGAACUUGACUUGAUGCCAACCUCCAGAAUUUAAAUCUUCAGUACAACAAGCUUCUCAUGCAUUUUCAAAUACCUUCCUGGAUAUGCUGCAAUUUGGAAGGGAAUGGAAAGGACACACUCAAUGAUGAUUGUAGCAGUUUCUCUGUUGAAAUGGAUGUAUAUGAAACCCCCCAUUCAGAAGAAUGAUGAAAGUCUUUCUCGUAGAGCUCAGAAGUCAGGUAGAUGGCGGAAGCAAGGGUAUCAUUUGCAGCAGAGAGCUCGUCAAGAGCGCCUGAACAACAGCAGGAAGUGGAGAGGUAUGGAUCCUUCCAACUUGUUACACUUGAAGGAAGAUGGAGAAUGUAAACCAGGCAACACAGAUCGUAUUGCUUCUGAAUCUUAUCCUGAAGGGGCAUCAGAUGUUAUCAAUCUGGAUGAUGAUGAUGAUGGGGAUAAAGAUUUACUCUCUAGGGAAGUUCAAAGUGAAAAUGUCCAUGAAGAUGUUGUAUGCCGUAAAGUGAGUUUGAAGAAGGAGCUUGAUGUAGGAAAUUGCUCAUCUGUCAGCAUUGACUCUAACACAGUAGAUAAAAGUGAUGAAAAGGAUUUCUGUGAGUUUGAUGCAUCAUUGAUCCCUGGUCAAGAGGUUUCUGCUAAGCAAGAUGAAGGUACAUCGUCAGAAAUAUCAAAAAGCACAACUCACCACAAGAGGGCCUUUGAUGGGCAUCAUGAUAAUCUGAGACAGCUCAAAUAUCCAAGAUCUAGGGCUGCUGACAGUACAAAUUUAUCUGGCAAGUAUAGUUAACUUAAGGUUUUUAUGAAGCAGGACGUGACAGGCCAUUUAUGCCGCUAGAGGUUUAUGAGCAAAAUUUCCAUCUUGACGCACACGAAGUUUUUCUUGUGGACAAGGAAUGGGAUGCAGAGUUGGAUGCAAUUUUACGUUCUGCCCAAGAAUCAGUGUAUCGUUUAUAUUCAGAUGGAAAUCAAGCUGAUGAGCUACAGAUUGCAUCGUUUCUUGCUCUUUUUGUACCAGAUCAUUUUGGGGGAACUGAUAGGGGUGCUCUUGUUGAAUGGGCAUGUAAAGCUAAUCCUCAUUCAGACUACAGCAAGCCCUUUGUUUGCACUUGCCCAACAGGAAACAUGGACUCUAUUAGUUUGUCUACUAAACCAGCUGCGAAGACUGUUGAAGAUAUUGGGUUUUCUGAUCUCUGUGAGAAAUCUCUCCGUUCUCUUAAAGCACGACGAAAGUCCAUCGUAAUUCCCAUUGGAACCUUGCAGUUUGGUGUGUGUAUAGAGCAUUGCUAUUCAAGUAUCUAUGUGAUCGAUUGAAGCCUUGAGUACAUUGUGAGCUUGUUAGGGGUUAUUUGGAUUUCAUGUCAUGCCACAUGCGUGGAAUAUUAUAUUAAUCAAUAGAGGGUCCUCAGAGAUUCGGAUGGUAGUUGGUGCAUGUCGUCCGCUUGAUAUAAGAGAGGAUACAAAUCCUGAAUAUUAUUGCAGGUCAGUAUCUCUUGUACGUAUGAACCGGUCUUGGUAAAUCUCUUCAUUGUUGAAGAUGCCUCUGCAUCUGGUGAAAUUCUUAUUCAUGUUAUGGGUCACUGAUUACUAAUGGGGGUUUGUGCAUCACACACCCCACCCAACCCCCACCUCUCCCCCCCCCAAAAAAAAAAAAAAAAUUCUGGUGUUCCAUGGUCUGUAAUUUCACUUCUGGUUUGAUUAUCAACUUGUAUGUGCUCAGA